AUGGAGCAAAAACGCCAGAGUCCUCCAGUGAGCCUCGGCCACCAGUCCAUCAGCUUGGCUAUCAUUUCCAAGCUUCAUUCGGCCAUUUCCUCGGAGCAACGACUCGAAGUGACCCGUUCUCUCCGCGAAAAGCUAGAUGCCAAGGAAUAUGCUUCAUCCUCGCUCUUGUAUGACCAACUUCUCCAGGCCGGCAUCACCAAUGCUUUGUGUCUGCAUUUGGGAUUAAUCUUUCGUCGGUAUAAUAGCUCAGAUUUGGCUCGAUCCGCCGAGAUAGACAGUAUCUGUCAGAUAUUGAACUUGAUCUACACUCGAUGCACGGCAGCAGCACGCGACAAUUCACUCUCCAACUCUGGACUGGAACUCUUUCAGUUCUUGAUUGUCUCACUAAGGCGAAGGGCAGGGUUGCCUGUGACGUCUAUUCUUCAUGUAUGCUCUGGAAGUCUCCGAGGAUCCGCUCUCUUGUUCCAAUGCCGGCUGGUACGUUCAAUCGCCGCCUUUUGUGCGGGCCGGCAUCUUGAUGACCCGACAAUUACACGAGCUCUACUGGGAUUGCUCAAAAACGUCUCGAACUUUGGAGAAGAACACUGCAUGGAGAUUGUUGAAAAUUCUACAUUGAUGCUCUUUCUCGCCAGUAUUCCCUUCACUACUUGCCUGGAAACUGACAAAAAGUCUCUAGAACGACUAUCUGCAAUCAUCCGCAACUUGGUGGUAUCUCCAAGCACAAGAACUUUGCUAGCCAAUCACGGAAAUAUACUGGGGUCUGUUGCAAGAAUGGGGGCAACAUCCAAUCGCCAUGUCCAAAGAAACAUCCUGAGCUUCCUGCUCAGUCUCUGUCAAGAUAUGGACAUGUGCGUCACCGUUUCCUUGUAUGGGGAUGGGGCUGUCUUGGAUCUUUUGAGGCAGCUCAUGGGGAUUCAAAACAACACGGCGACACGAAGACGGGCAGUAAGAGUUGUUCGUCUUCUCGCUAGAGAGGCCUCAGGGUCCCAGGUGGCCCGAGACACGGCUCUCAUUGCAACUUUGUCGCAAAGAGCCCUACACGACGCCAGCAACGAAGUGAGGGCGGAAGCCACGGAUGCAAUAUCGAGGAUCAGCUCAUUCAUCAAUGUCCAAGUUUCAAAACAUCACGUACUACCCUUAAUGCAACUAGCGUCGUCUCCGUUAUCAUUGCCAGAAGUGUUCUCACUGGCAUUGAUAAAACACUCGGCGAAACUGAUUUACAAACUACCCAUGGAAGAAAGAGGACUGCUGUUUGAAUCCCUGGCUCAAAUUGCCUUGUCAACAUCUUCCACAACUCCAUGCAAGCAGUCAGCAUGCAGUGCUAUUCUAGACUUGAGUCGCGAAGAAUCGAUUCGAGCGAGAAUAGCAUCGACUUCCGUCUUGGAAGCACUGACCCGGAAUGUUGCCAUUCGAACUGCUGGAAACCAGGCACAGAAUCCGUUUGUUGGGAUUCAAGCAUUGACACUGCUCGCUACAGUGCACCAACAUCGACUCCGAAUGGCUACCCAUCCAUGUCUUUUGCGGGCGCUAAUCCAUUACGUCACUUCUGUACCCACACCUCCACAAAGCAACGGGACCAAGAGGGAUGUGAAGAAAGCCAUCGUAGCAUUGGUGUCCGCGUUGUGA